CAUGACAUGACAAAAAAUGUCGUCCAUUUUCACUUCUGGUAGUAGUUGGAGUAGAGGAGGAGAUUAUUUAGAUCUCAUUAAUUAAAUCCCUAGUAUACUACUACUUCUUCUGUUAUAAUUUACUCAUUUCAUUUACAACUAUUCAAACUUUGCAUUCAAAUAAAUAGCACCCUAAUUAAUACUUUCUCUAACUCUUCACCUUUUUUUCCACAAACCAAAGAAAUAAAUGUCAAGUUUUUUGGUGAAAUUUGUGAUGUAGAAUUGUUGAUCCCAGCUGUAACACUAUCUUUCUUCAGUUUAUGCAUUUUACCCACUUUUUUUCUGGAGAAAGAAAACCAUUUUUCACGUUUUUUAAGCUUUGUUAUAAGUUAUAACCAGCUUAAAACCCUUGAAUCUGCAAAAAAGAAGGAAACUUUGAGCUUAGAAUUUUCAAUUUGUACAAGUUUUGUGAUAUUUAAGCUUUUGGGUUGGAUCAGAUUUAUACUUUUAAGCUGAAAUUAUACUCGAUCUGCAAAGAUUAAUUAUGGGUUUUUAAGUUAGCAAAUUUCCCAUUUAUGAUUUUUUGGUUCUAAAUUCUGGGUCAAUGGAACGAGGUGCAGAAGCGUCACCAAAUGCACAGAGGGGUUUUCGUCUUCAAGCUCCUUUGGUUGAUUCUGUCUCAUGCUACUGCAAGGUAGAUGCUGGUUUAAAAACGGUUGUUGGUGCAAGAAGAUUCGUUCCAGGUUCAAAGAUCUGUAUCCAGCCAGAUAUAAAUCCUCGUGCCCACAAGACAAAGAACUCCCGCAGGGAGAGGACCCGUAUCCAGCCACCUCUCUUGCCUGGCCUCCCCGAUGAUCUUGCCAUUGCUUGUCUCAUCCGAGUCCCCCGAGUAGAGCAUCGAAAGCUCCGCCUAGUUUGCAAAAGAUGGCAUCGACUCCUCGCUGGAAACUACUACUACUCUCUCAGGAAAAAUCUCGGAAUGGCAGAAGAGUGGGUAUAUGUCAUGAAGAGGGACCGGGAUGGGAAAAUCUCAUGGCAUGCAUUUGAUCCUACUUAUCAGGUCUGGCAACCACUUCCUCCUGUUCCUGUAGAGUAUUCUGAAGCCAGAGGAUUUGGAUGUGCUGUUCUAAGUGGCUGCCACCUGUACUUGUUUGGAGGUGAAGAUCCACUUAGGGGUUCCAUGAGACGUGUUGUAUUCUAUAGUGCAAGGACAAAUAAAUGGCACCCAGCACCAAGCAUGCUUCGGAGACGCCAUUGUUUUGGUUCUUGCGUCAUAGAUAACUGUCUUUAUGUGGCUGGUGGUGAAUGUGAAGGAAUCCAACGGGCUCUCCGUUCAGCCGAGAUUUAUGAUCCGAACAGGAACAGGUGGAGUUCCGUCACAGAUAUGAGCUCCGGAAUGGUCCCUUUCAUUGGAGUGGUGUACAAUGGAAAAUGGUAUUUAAAGGGACUAGGCUCUCAACGUCAGGUAAUGAGUGAGGCUUAUGAUCCAGAGACCAACACAUGGAACACAGUGAAUGAUGGGAUGGUUGCAAGUUGGAGAAAUCCAAGCACCACCAUCAAUGGUCAACUAUAUUCCAUAGAUUGCAGGGAUGGUUGCAAGCUUAGAGUGUAUGAUGAACCAAGUGAUUCCUGGAUCAAAUUUAUAGAUAGCAAAGUCCACCUUGGGAGUUCCCGGGCUCUGGAGGCUGCUGCACUUCUUCCUCUUAAUGGUAAGCUUUGCAUUAUUCGUAACAACAUGAGUAUUAGUCUGGUUGAUGUCACGAGCCCUGAUAAACUCGUGGAGAGUAAUCCACAUUUAUGGGAGAAUGUUGGUGGGAAAGGUCAUUUCAGGACAAUGGUCACUAAUCUAUUGUCGAGCAUAGCAGGCAGAAGUGGUUUAAAGAGUCAUAUUGUGCACUGUCAGGUUCUUCAAGCAUGAGAAUCAACGGAUGACUCUUAUACUCUUGCUUCUGGUAUCAGAAUUCAUCCAUGUUAUAUCCAGAAAGGUUUCAUAACAUGCAAGCCAUUAUAUGCUCAUGAGAAUUCUAUUCUCAAAUUCAUUCGAGGUUCUUUCAGCUUCAGAACCCAAUUCUUUUGUUGCUCAUCCAAUCAGAUGGAGAUUCUUUCCAGAAUCUGAUGGCUGUUUCAUUUGCCUUCACAUUGUAUAUUGUUCCAAAUUGUGAAGAUAAUUGUUACAUUCGGCCAGCAUUGAAGAAAGUAGAACAGCACCUUUGUGUUUUUUCGUGUUAGUGUUUCAUGUCGCUCGCUGUGAAGAGUUGAUUUUGCACCUGAUGGCGUCAUCAGUGUCUAUUUGUGGAGGUAGUUUUUGGUUUCGAACGGAUAUGUAAAUCCCGUAGGCUAGAAUCUGCAGUUGUUUGCAGAAUUCUUAGACUUGGUCUCUGUAGCAGUACAUGAAAGAAUACAUGCAGUAAUCUGCAGAUGCUUUUUUGUGAAUACCAUGUUGAAUUGCUCAAAACUAGACUCUUCUUUUUAAAUAUUUGUCAUGAUAAAUAAUACUGCAUGGUUUUAUAGCA